AUGGUCCAGGAAGACCACGAAGCAAGACCCCGGGUACGAUGCAAUCCUGACGCAUCUCAGAAAGAGAUACAUCGGCGCCAACCGAAUAAUUUCGGUCACGGGGAUGACGAAGAGACACAAGAGAUCCAGCAUAAACAGCUGCAGGCGAGCAGCAGAGCUGGUUUGACAUCGCGAUCCAAGCAUUGCCUUUCGACGGACCAACGUGAAGCUGCGGAGAAAGCAGCAGCAGAAGCGUUAGCGCAAGAUAAAGGUGGAGAGACGAUGAAGGCCGAAGCGAAGCCGACAGGUCCGUUGACUUCUUAG